ACUCUGCACUUCGCAAGCGAAAAUCAAUUCCCGUAAAAAAAGAAGAGUUAAUUAAUGCCAUAAGGGACGAGUGGAAUAAUUUAUCACAAGAGUAUCUUCGUACACUUAUUAGCAGUAUGCCAAAUCGGUAUAUGACAAAUACAACAGCUGCUUCUAAAAAUAGCACAGGUCAACAAGCUCAAAAUAACACGUGUCAACAAGUCCAAAUAAUAUGUGUCAACAAGCUUAAAUAA